UAGGCCUUUCUCAUACCACUGAUCUCAACACAAUGAAGGGCCAAAGAAUUAGCAAUAUGUCAUUCACCUUCAUGCUGUGCUUUUUUUUCCUUUUGGUUGUUCAGUUGCUUUCUCUGGCUACUAGAAGUACUGCCGCUGCCGGCAGUGAAGUUCCGGCGAUCAUCGUCUUCGGUGACUCCUCGGUGGACGCCGGCAACAACAACUUCAUCCCGACGGUUGCCCGGAGCAAUUUCGAGCCGUAUGGCCGGGAUUUUCAAGGUGGGAAGCCAACAGGGAGGUUCAGCAAUGGAAGAAUACCAACAGAUUUCAUAUCUGAAGCUUUCAGAAUCAAAUCGUACAUUCCUGCAUAUUUGGAUCCCAAGUAUAACAUAUCAGAUUUUGCCACGGGUGUUACCUUUGCUUCUGCUGCGAGUGGUUAUGACAAUGCAACUUCAGAUGUACUGUCGGUGAUUCCAUCAUGGAAGCAGCUAGAAUACUACAAGACUUACCAGAAGAGCCUCCGAGCCUACCUCGGAGAAACAGCAGCGAGCCGGACGAUAAGCGAAGCAUUACACAUGAUGAGCUUCGGAACAAACGACUUCCUCGAGAACUACUACGCCAUGCCCGGUGGCCGGUCGUCGGAGUACUCGCCGCAACAGUACCAGGACUUUCUGGUUGGGAUCGCCGGGAACUUCAUCCGGCAACUGUACGGCCUUGGCGCUAGGAAAAUAUCCCUCGGAGGGUUGCCGCCGAUGGGUUGCUUGCCUUUGGAGAGAGCGACGAAUAUUGCCGGCGGGAACGAGUGUGUCGGUAGAUACAAUGACGUGGCUAUCGAGUUCAAUGCAAAGCUUGCGAACUUGACCAUGUCGCUGAACAUGGAACUUCCUGGGAUCAGAUUGGUGUUUUCGAAUCCGUAUUAUAUGCUGCUGUACAUCAUCAAAAACCCUGCUCGCUUUGGGUUCAAGUCGACCUCCGUGGCAUGUUGCGGGACUGGAAUGUUCGAGAUGGGAUAUGCGUGCAGAAGAGGGAACAUGUUCAGUUGCUCUGAUGCUUCCAAAUAUGUCUUUUGGGACUCUUUUCAUCCUUCUGAGAAAACCAAUGGUAUCAUUGCCGAUCACGUUGUGAAGACUGCUUUAGCUAAGUUUUUAGAAUAACAACAACAAUAAAGUAAUUAAAAUGACAAUUUAACCCUUAAAUUAUAAAUCUAGUUACAGCAUCUAGUAUCUUAAACUCAUUUUUUGUAUGUGUUUUCUAUUCUAAACAUUUAAAAUUGUAACAAUCUCUCCCUACUGUCAAAAUUGAGAAAAUGUUUUUCACUUUACUAGUGUUGAGCCCAGAUGUUCUAAUGGCCAUAGUGUAAUGCCAUGUGUCAUUUGAAUGUCUAGGCCCCAUACUUUUAAAGUAAUGGACAUUUCCUCAAGUUUAACGGUGAGAAAGGAUUAUAACAAUUUUAAACGUUCAAGGAUAAAAAUACAUACAAGUAAGUUUAGAAUUCUAGAUGUAUGCUUUUGAUUUAUAGAAUUAGGGGUUAAAUUGUCAUUUACUCAUAAUAAUAAUAAUAACAACUUUUUGUGUUGUCAGUAUAUAUAAAUGUCAAGGUUUAGACUUGACAGUGUAAAAUAUAAUUAUAAACGCUUAGUAUAUGACUAUUAAAUGUGCUGAUGAUUGAGAAGGAAAAAAUAAGCAGAAUAUUCUGUACUGAGUGUUGUAAUAUUGUUGUCUUUGAUGUGAAUACGAUUGUGUAUUUUUGUAAUAUGGUUGUCUUUGAUGUGAAUACAACUGCGGAUGUUUAUUU